AUGCGACGUUGCCGGCGGGAGCGCGCAGUACGUGAAGUUUUGCAAUGCUUUAAGCAGGCAUUUCUCAGACCGCGGAGGACGUUGAUAAUGUCUGUCGCUGCGGCAUAUAAUAGUCGAAGUGAGAAUUCUUCGGAUGGCGAUGUUGGGAUUACGGACGAUGAGAUGGAGGGGCUGCUGACAGAACUCGAGACAGCGAAGAAUAUGUUAAAGUCUACGCUUCAAUGCAAGAGCUGCGGGAAACGGCUGGUGAUAGGCAAAAAGCAGGCCACCGUGCAGUACUGUGACUGCAAGGAUGGUCACCCCGCAGAGGAGUCAAUAGACGGCUGGGUGCCGUUCAUGGAGGCGGAAGACGUUAUAAUUUGGCGUAAAGAAUACAAGACCGGUCAAGGCCUCUAUGCAUACAAAGUUUACGGUCGGUACCCGGAAGUGAACGCGCGCGAUUUUGCCGCAGUACAACUGGACGGUGCGUACCGUCGGGCGUGGGACGCUGCAGUCGCCGCACUAGCCGUGGUCCAGCGUUCCGCGAAGGGAGUGCAAGGACAGACCAUUCUGCAUUGGGAGGUCUUGUGGCCGAGACUCUUCGCGAACAGAGACUACGUAUACAUCAGACGGCACAAGGAGUUUGAUGUCCACAACGAACCCCUCACACGAACCGACAAAACCAAUGUCGAUUCCAAUGUAUGUACGUUAAACCCCAACGAAACACCAAGCGUGCACGCGAAAGCGAAACGGAAAGCUAUGGAGAACUAUGAGAAAGAAAGAGAGGACAGUAGGACGGAGUUCGUCGACAAUAAAGUGUAUAUAAUAGUGUCGAGGUCUUGCGAACAUCCAGACGUUCCGGAGACGAAGCACGCUAUACGAGUGGUGGAGUAUUGGAGUCAUAUGGUGGUGAAGACCCUCGAGGGAGCUGAUAAGGCUGGGAUGGAGUUCGUGCUGACGUAUUACGACGAGCCGGCGGUGGGUGGGCUGCCGGGCGGCGUAGCCGCCUGGGCGUCGGGCCGCGCCGCGCCCGCGUACCUCGAGCGCAUGCGGGCCGCCGCACAGCGCUACCGACACUGGUCGCAGCAGGAAAUGCCGGAUUUCACACCAUUAGAUCCGGAUCUGGUAAAUAACCAAAAGGAGAAAACGGUUGAGCAAAUCAACGAAGAAGAUAUGGAGUCUUCUAAAGAAGGCCCUGAGAUGGAAAACGCCGAGAGCAAAAGUGAUAAAAGUACACAAACAGAAGAAAUCAAUAAAACAGAAGUAGAAGAGUGCAAGCAGAAAGUGGAAGGAGACGACAUCGCAGAUGCAGAAGGAAAAAAUAAUAUUAACGAAGCUGAAGCAAAAACUAUAGAAGUAAGGAACGAAAUAACUAAUGACAGAGAGAAAAAAGAGGUAAUAGAAGAUAAGAUAGGAGAAAAUACCAGAGAACAGUGUGAGAUGGCUAAGGCCAAAAGCAGGACGUCUACAGAAAUGUGA